GUAUUGAAUCAGCAGCUGUGUGUGUCUGUGGAUGUGUGUGUACUUCAGCACAGCGGGGCCUACGGUGGGCUGCUAGCCAACAAGCUCCAUCUUCAUGGUAUCAACACGGAGAGGGAAUCUUGAAAAAUGGAGGGAGGGAAUUUUGGCUACUCCCGAGACUAUCUGGACCGCUACAUCCAAAGCCAGGACUCAUCUGUGGUCAACAAGUUCCAGCAGAAAUACUGGAAAACCAAACAGACACUCAUUAAGGUCACAGGAAAGAAACAAGACGAGCAUGUGGUGGCAUCAGAUGCAGACCUGGAUGCCAAACUGGAGGUCUUCCACUCUAUCCAGAGAACAUGCAUGGAGCUGCUGAAAGUGAUCGAACAGUAUCAGAGGAGGAUCUGCUUCUUGUCCCAGGAGGAGAAUGAGUUGGGUCGCUUCCUGCGCUCUCAGGGUUCACAAGAUAAAACCAGAGCUGGGAAGAUCAUGCAGGCAACUGGGAAAGCACUGUGUUUCUCCUCACAGCAAAGACUUGCUCUGCGGACACCUCUGUGUCGCUUGUACCAGGAGGUUGAAACAUUUCGCUACAGAGCAAUCUCUGACACAUGGCUGACUGUGAACAGAAUGGAACAGUCCAGGACAGAAUACAGAGGAGCACUGCUCUGGAUGAAGGACGUGUCUCAGGAGCUGGAUCCAGACACACAUAAACAGAUGGAGAAAUUCAGGAAGGUUCAAGCCCAGGUGCGAACCACUAAAACAAGCUUCGACAAACUGAAGAAUGAUGUUUGUCAAAAGGUGGACAUGCUGGGAGCCAGUCGCUGCAACCUCCUCUCUCAUGUUUUAACCACAUACCAGACAACACUUUUGCACUUCUGGGAGAAGACAUCUCACACCAUGGCAGCCAUCCAUGAGAGCUUCAAGGGCUGUCAGCCUUAUGAAUUCUCCACAAUUAAGAGUUUGCAGGACCCAGUAGACAAACUAGCAAAGAAGAGGGUGAAGAAGAGAAUUAAAGCAGAGACAGAAGAUGGACAGAAAAAUGAGACGACAGAUGACCACCAGCUUAUCUCACUUGGAAAUGAAAAUACCAACAGUAAGACAAGAGAAGAAAAUGAAGAUGGUUCCGCCAUUCCAGAGUCUCAGGAGGAGAAGGACAGUAUGGCUUUACUGAAUGAGAUCCUGGGCGGUUUGUCAGUUGACGAGGGCGACUUCUCUCGAGAGUGGACUGAAGUGUUUGGGGAAAGCGACGAGGGAACAAACGGAGCAUCGGGAGGACUGGCAGAGGCCCAGCACAAGGAAAACUCCUUCUUUCUCCCGUCACAGCUGCUGGACCAGAGCUUGAAUAAUCUGCAGUCUUCUCUUACAGAUUGGGCCAGGGCUCCUCAACAGCCUGUUGCCCAGGCAACAGAGCCCUCAUCUGGAGCCAAUCAGAAUCUGUCAAAGCCAGCCAUGAAAGAAACAGCAGGGACAUCCAAAGACCUCUCAGCGUGGUUCAACCUGUUCGCGGACUUGGACCCUCUAUCCAACCCUGACGCCAUUGGCAAAACCGACACCGAGCAUGAACUUCACCGUGCAUAGACCCUCCUCAGAAAUACAGUCUCAUUUAAAGUGGGGAUGUUUGGUAGCGGCUGCAGCAGCAUAUUGGUGCCACUAUGACCGGAAACAUCACUGGAUUUAGCCGUGGACUGGUUCUUCCUGUUAUCACAACAUUCGAAGAGGUUAAAUUAUAAACACGGGACAUAUUUCUUAUUGUAAUACCCUAAUUGUGUAGUCUGCAGAGAUUAUUUUCAUCAUCAGUGCAUCUUUUGAUUAUCUUCUGAAUUAAUCAUUACUAUACCGUUGGAUCUCGUCAACAACCCAAAUUUCAAAAUAUUCAUUUUAAGAAAACAGACAAUCAACAAAUCAUCACCUUUAAGAUGCUGGAACGUCAGUGAUUUGUCAUUUUAAGCAAAUGUUGAGAAAUUAUCUGCAUGGCUAAUUGUUUUAAUUAAAAGAAAAUCUCAAAUAAAAUACAAAUACCUUCCU